AUUACAGUGGAAUUGAUGUGGUUUUGUGUUUGUGUGUGUUUGCAGGAUGUGUUGACGGAUCUCUCGGCUGAAUGUGAGAAUCUGUCUGUCGAAGGCGUUUCAGGAACCUGCUACGCUCACAAGGGCAUUUGUCAAGCUGCACAUUACAUCUACAAGAGACUAGUGAACGAUGGGAUUCUGAGUCAGGCGUUCAACAUCGCACCUGAGUAUAAGCUGGUGAUCACCGGUCACAGUCUGGGAGCAGGAGCGGCGUCUCUGCUGGCCGUUCUCCUGCGCAGCACACAUCCCACACUCGAGUGCUACGCCUUCUCUCCACCAGGGGGCCUGAUGAGGUAAAGCUGCGGCUUGUUCAUAUAUAGCCAGU